AUGGAGGGGCCCAAAACCUUGGGCCCCUGUGGCCACUCCCACCCCCAGUGCCCCCAGCCGUCAGCUUCGAGCAGCCACGGAGGAUGCCUGGAUCCACCCUGCCAGGGGUUUGUAAGGUGGCCCUGCCUGGUGCCUCUCAGUUCCACUCACUCCAUAGAGUCGGCCAGGCCUUUCCCACCUCCGGGGGCAGGGAGCGGGGGGCCCAGGGUCGGGGCUGAGGUACCUGGGAACUUUAUUGCAAGCGAGGAGGGCGAGAUGCAGCGACAGAGACCCAGAGACCCAGCGGGGGCGAGACAAGGACAAGUGGAGACAAGGCUGGGGUGGGGCUGGCCCCUGCACUCGGGACGAGAGCAAGGGGCACCCAGGCAGGGGGGGUCCCCCAGCUCGGGGCCCAGACCCUGCCCGUGCCCGCCCCUGCCGACGGGGUCAGGAACCCCAGCCUCACCCAGGGCAGCCCCCUCCCCGCUCCAGAGCAUGCCCCUGGAUCCUGCAGAGCAGUCCUUCCUCCAGCUGGAGCAGGAAAACCAGAAUCUGAAAAGACAGAACCAGGAUCUGCGGGAGCAGCUGGGGGCCCUCCUGGGGCCAGGGCAGCAGUUCCUGCCCCUGUGCCCGGAGCACUCGAGCUGCACGGCCCUGGCCUGGCCCCCCGAGCAGGCCAGUGCCCGGCCCCUGGAGGACAGGGCGCCCUUGCAGCUGCUGCGGCGAGAGAUGUGCCGGGGCGAGGAGUCCUUCGUGCAGCAGUCUCAGAACGAGCUGCAGCAGAUCCGACUGUCCUUUGAGAGGAAGAAGAUGGCCAUUACCGAGGUGUGGGACGGCGUGGCCGAGGUACACAUGGCCCUGAACAACCAGGCUACUGGGCUCUUGAACCUCAAGAAGGACAUCCGGGGAGUACUAGACCAGAUGGAGGACAUUCAGCUGGAGAUUCUGGGGGAGCGUGCCCAGUGCCGCACCCAGGCCAGGAAGGAACAGCAGAUGGCAUGCAUAGCAAAGGCAAGGCCGCAGCUGGGAUGUUCCGAGGGCCUCAAAGGCCAGCUCUGGCUGCUGGCCCUGAGGCUGCUGCUGGGCGCCCUGCUGGCCUGCACCGCUGCCUACGUGUACGUGGUGGACCCCGCGCCCUUCGAGGGGCUGGUGCCCCCCCUGCUGAGCCGCGCCGCUGUCUGGAAGCUCCGGGCCCUGCUGGGCCCGUUCCUGCGCCUGGAGGUGGACGACUUCCUGCCCUUCUAG